AUGGCCAUGGCAUCCCCGACCCCAAUGGGAUCAUCCCAUUACGCAUCGCUGAGGCGGCCAGCCUCAAGACAGAACUUCAAGCCACCAAUACAAAGACCGCAAUUGUAUCGUAGCGACCCGGUGUCCUCGGUGGCCCAUGUGCGGACGUAUUCCAUGAACGAUAGCUCCGACGACGAGACCCCCCUGCCGAUGAUGAAGUUUUCGGCCUUGACAAACGCCCUACUGAAUGAUGCCACGCCCGCAGUCGAAGUGUCACUACCACAUACAGCGAAGACUACGCCAGAGUCGACGGAUGGAGGGUUCCAAUUCAAGGCGGGGGGUGCGGGCCUCAACGCAGACAAGCUAUCACCAGUGGGCACUAGGGUCAAGAGUCCACAUAAGAGACGAGUUGUGCGAUUGAGCACCACGCCUGGUUCUUCGAAUAUGCGAAGGACAUCCUCAGGAUCAAAUGCAUCGCGGUGGCAGAACGAAAAGUCUUCCGAGAAGGCCAAGGUCGAGAGCCCGUUGGACUUGAGUACACCAGCUCAAGUCCCCCGGAAGGUUCGCAUACCCGCCUCUAACUCUGGAAACCAUGGGGCAUCAGCAGGAUCUUCAGGGAAACAUUCGUAUAGGACGGAAUCGGCAUCGAAGAAUGACGAAGAGGAGAUUGAGCCUCAAGAUUAUCCCUCGACUGUCGCGAAAGCCCAGCUGGCGACGAGCCAAGGGAGUGUAUCAAAAUAUGGACCUUCGACGAUUGGACGCACACGUUUCGGUGAAAAUGCUGGACUACAAAGUUCCAUGCGAGUGAAGAGAAUUGGGACCGGGAACUUUUUGAGUGGUCCCGCUCGGCGAGGGAGAAGACGGAUGGAGGACGAGGAACAAAGCCCAGUUGAAGAGCAUGGUGAUGGCUUGGACUCCGCACCCUCGAGUCAAGAGCCUCAGAGCCAGGAGUCGCAAGCACCCGAAUCACAGAAUCGAGAAGCAGGCUCCAGCGAGGAGUCAAAGCCAAACAAGGCGUCGUUCUAUGCUUCCUCGGCAUACAGAGAUUUUGCUUCCGGGAGUCCUAUCAGUUCAAAAGAUGCUCUGAACUCUAUCCUGAGAUCAACAUCACCACCACCCCCUACACUGGCUAGCUCUCAGCGGGUAGCUUCCUCACAGGCACAAGCAGCUCCGCCAGCUGUCCAGCCAGUCUUCAAAGUCCCAGCUCCCAGGCCGGACUUACCUUCAGCACACGACCAAGAAAACGAGGCACCUCCAACAUUCAAGAGAAACAAGCAGGCCCCGUUGAUACACCUUGAUAAAUUGGAAAAAGUUCCUGUUCGUCCGGAGAGCGUAGACCUGGACAUUUUACGGGCAUCCACUCCCUCGAAGAGACGGCCAUUGACACUCAGGAGCCAAAACACCCCUCGACGACCUGCACCGCCGCCUCCACCGCCUAAAAUGUCAAUCUUAGAUGCCGCGACCAGUACUGCUGGUGCUGCCACGGCUUCUCACGCAGGCGGGAAGAGGAAUAAGAUGAAGGUUAACGGAAAGAUCUAUACCAGAUUGGAUUGCAUUGGUCGUGGUGGAAGUUCCCGGGUUUACAGAGUGAUGGCGGAGAAUUCGAAGUUCUUUGCUCUGAAGCGGGUUUCUCUCGAAGACGCGGACGAGUCAGCAGUCAGAGGCUUUAAGGGCGAGAUUGAUUUGCUUAAGAAGCUUGAAGGAGUGGAAAGAGUUAUCCGUCUAUGGGACUUUGAGCUGAACGAGGAAAAGUCUACAUUGACUGUUUUGAUGGAAAUGGGAGAACUGGAUAUGAACAAGAUGCUCGAAAUGCGCUUGAAGUCCGACAACGCCAAAUUCGACCCCAGCUUCGUCCGCCACUAUUGGAAAGAAAUGCUCGAGUGUCUAAAAGCAAUCCACGAGCACGACAUUGUGCACUCCGACCUGAAGCCACACAAUUUUGUCCUGGUCCAAGGCCGACUAAAACUGAUCGAUUUCGGCAUCGCCAACGCCAUCCAAACCGACGAGACCGUAAACGUCCACAGAGAAACGCAAAUCGGUACCCCAAAUUACAUGUCCCCUGAGUCCCUGAUGGACUCGAACGCAAAACCUGAUUCAAGAGGCCGUAUCCCCAACGAGCCACGACUAAUGAAACUCGGGAAACCCAGCGACGUGUGGAGUCUAGCGUGCAUUCUCUACCAAAUGGUUUACGGCCGCGCACCCUUCGCCCACAUCCCCAACCAGAUGCAACGGUGUCAAGCUAUCAUCAACUUCAACUACGAAAUCGAAUAUCCCUCUCUGGGCGUUGGGUCGGUGCCUGUGCCUUCUUCUCUCAUCAAGACGCUCAAGAAAUGUCUCAACAGAGAUCAGUUUCAACGGCCUUCGGCGGAGCAACUGCUGAGUGACAGAGAUCCGUUUUUGAAUCCGGUUGAUUACGACGAGGCAUUACCUAUUACAGAAGACUUGCUGGGCCGUAUAUUGGCUAGUGUGAUGGAUCGGUGUAACAAGCAGCCGCCUACUAACGACCAGCUGACGAAGACAUGGCCGAAGGCUUAUUUCGAUCGGCUGCGCCAAAAGAUGGCGGAGGGGAUAGAGUUAUAA